CUGUUUAGUGUUUUAAUGUGGCCGUGCUCUUGCAGGUGGUUGCAUAAGUGCGCUUUUGCACUGCUAGCAGUUAGCAGUUAGCAGCAAAAGCCAACGAUGUGUUCAUUUCUCCUGCUUUUAUGUCAGGCUGAUAAAUGUUCGCUGCAUCUUGUUAUAAACAUGCCUGAUGGAAGCUGCUGACCUAUUAUCCUCUCUGUCAAAGCGAGAUGAGCCAUGCAAGACACUGAGAGCCUGUUGUAAACACACACUGUGUAGGCGUGCGUUUACACUUGAAAUAAAACAUAAUUUACAUCAAACAAGACCUUAUAAAGACCAAUAAUACGUUUCAUUUUCCUCUGAUGAAUAUUAAAGGCCUACUGAAAUGAGAUGUUCUUAUUUAAACGGGGAUAGUAGGUCUAUUCUAUGUGUCAUACUUGACCAUUUUGCGAUAUUGCCAUAUUUUUGCUGAAAGGAUUUAGUAGAGAACAUAGACGAAAAAGUUAGCAACUUUUGGUUUCUAAUAAAAAAGCCUUGCUUGUACCGGAAGUAGCAGACGAGGUGCGCUUGACGUCACGAGUUGUGGAGCUCCUCAUAUCCGCACAUUGUUUACAAUCAUAGCCACCAGCAGCUAGAGCGAUUCGGACCGAGAAAACGACAAUUUCCCCAUUAAUUUGAGCGAGGAUGAAAGAUUCGUGUUUGAGGAUAUUGAUAUCGACGGACUAGAAAAAAAGAAAAACGCAAUUGCAUUGGGACGAAUUCAGAUGUUUUUAGACAUAUUUACUAGGAUAAUUCUGGGAAAUCCCUUAUCUUUCUAUUGUGUUGCUAGUGUUUUAGUGAGUUUAAUAGUACCUGAUAGUCGGAAGGGUAUCAGUGUCUGAGGCCAGUGUCUGAUGGAAGUCGACGGCAGCUGUAUGGACGGCACAAACUCAGCUGAUCUCCGUGCCCACUGAAGUCUAGACAUGGAGGUGCCUUACUACCUACCCAAAUUACUUUUUGAGCUCAACGAGCAGCGCAAGCGAGGCUUCUUCUGUGACUGCAGCAUCCUGGUGGAAGGCCGCGUCUUCAAGGCACACCGGAACGUUCUGUUUGCAGGAAGCGGUUACUUCCGGGCUCUUUUGGUUCACUAUUUACAGGACAGCGGACAGCGCCACAGCACGGCGUCUUUAGACAUCGUCACGGCCGACGCCUUCUCCAUCAUCUUAGACUUCCUCUACUCGGGCCGCCUCAGCCUGAGCAGCAGCAACGUCAUCGAGGUGAUGUCAGCGGCCAGCUACCUGCAGAUGACCGACCUGGUGAACCUCUGCAAAGGCUACAUUCGCUCGUCUUUGGAAAUAUGCAACAAAGACAAGGAGGCCAAAGCGGACGUGGAGAACGCGGAGGAGGAGGGAAGGUACAGACUGGCGGACAGCGGAACCCCUGCCGUGACAAACCUCAGCAGCGGCGGGACUGCGGACCCUCGCCCGCAGGGCACAGAAGCACAUGGAGCGUCGAUUAACUCGACUCAAAGGCCUUUGUCCACCCACGAGGACACCCCUGCCGGCCCGAGCAAAGACUACAAUUCUGGGGAGGAAAGACCAAAAGCGCACUUUGAUCACGCGAACAACUCCUCCUCUUCAUGUUCUGCUUUGACACCGGAGUUAGUGCACCCCAAGAUAGAGUACGACCCCGAUGAGGAGCUUUUAGAGUCCCCCGACAGUAAAGACCUGGCUUCGUAUCCCGGACCAUCUCUUCCUCACCAAAGCAAACAAGUUCCUCCAAGCACCAGCUUCUCCACUGAGCGCUCAUUCGCAGGCUCCUCCCUGAGCGGCAGGCAGCCCAUGGAGGUGCAGGUGAAGGGGGAAGGCUCCAAGCCGGAGCGAGGAGGUCCGCGACUUUCCCAAGGAGCACGUGGAGCUUCCAGAAUGGAGGACGGUUUAGGUUUUGUUGGCUCAUCCGUGAUGGAGAUCCAGUCCGAUUGGCUCGGGGAGGACACGGGAGACAACUUGCUGGUGCCGGUCAAACUCCACAAGUGCCCGUUCUGUCCGUACACGGCCAAGCAGAAAGGUAUCAUGAAGAGGCACAUUCGCUGCCACACGGGCGAGAGACCCUUCCCUUGUCCCAUGUGCGGCAAGAGGUUCACCAGGCAGGAGCACCUUCGCACCCACGCCGUCAGCGUGCACAGGCACGACCUGCCUGUGUCGUGCAAGAGCUGCAGGCGCGUCUUCACCGGCUCCACCGUCUCCCCCGGCUUGAGACGCUACGGCAUCUGCGACAGCUGCAACUGCGUGACCACCACGCACACCGACUCCACGUCGGCCCACGCCGCCGGCCUGGCCGAGCCCAUGGAACGCGGCGACGGCGGCGGCACCGACUGGUCCAGUUUCAUGGACGACGUGGACGAGGUGGAGGUUGGCCGGGUGGAGGACUUGGUGGAGAAACAGAUGCUGGAAAAGCACCUGGCUGCCUGCAACAACGUAGGACACACACUGAAGUCCGAAGGGAACUUUUAUGAUUAAUCGUUGAACUUCAUUCCUUCUUAUAUAUACACAUAUACAUAUAAACAUACAGCUUCGUGUCUCGUUGACAUAAAAUCAAUUUUUGAGCGGCGCAGAGUGUGGGUACCUCUGCCUUAGUCAAGAAAUUCCAUCAGAACAUUUGAGUGUGAAGUUUGCAUGUUUUCCCUCUAAAAAAAAACAUGCCAAUUAGAGACUCCUAAUUGUCUGAACGUGAUGUGUUCACUACAUUGCCCCAAGUCUGUCACCUUCAUUUUCUAUUUCAAUUACAUAAUAUAACUAAGUCCUUCACUGGCAAACUUUGUAUUAACUAUAAUUGGUGACAAGCUCUGGUGACACAAACAUUAUUUAUUUAAUUUUUAAAUUGAUUUAAUAGUGAUGUGUGAUGAUAUUUAAAAAAAUAUAAUUUUUACCCAUUUUCUUGGCAAAUUUACCAUAUUUUGAAAUGCAAAUGACAGGUUUGCAAAAUAGAUGGAUGAUUCAAGUGAUUGGUCUCCAAUGAUACGACCUUUUAAAUUGUAUAUGGUUCGAUAUUAAACCAGGGGUGUCACACUCAUUUUAGAUCGGGAGCCACAUGGAGAAAAAUCUUCUCCCAAGUGGGGCGGACUGGUAAAAUCACGGCACGAUAACUUAAAAAUAAAGACAACUUUCAAUUGUUUUCUUUGUUGAAAAAUAGAACAAGCACAUUCUGAAAUUGUACAAAUGAUAAUGUUUUUUUACAAUUACCUGUUGCGGUUAAUAGUAUACAUACUUUGUUUGUUGUUAUUUAUAUUUUCUGAAUAAAUUAUGUAAGAAUGUUCAUCAGUCAACUCAUUGGUGUUAAUUUUCAAUCAAGAUUAAAAAAUUCUAUCAAAAUCAAA